AUGCAAGGUUAUUUUUAUGGAAGCAAUAUUCCAUGCGUUCUUUUUCUAAUAAAUUUUUUUCUAGAAAUUCCUUCUCAAAUGCUAACCGAAAUUUGUGAAAUGCUUUUCUUCCGUGCAAUUCUCGAAUUUUUAAAUUCAAUAAUUUUAAACAAAAAAUAUAAAGAAUUUUUAAAAAUAGAAGAGAAAGAUAAAGAAAUUGUGAAAUAUUUAAUUGAUGAAUUUGAUUUUUAUGCGAAAUUUCCUGAAAUAUUUUAUUCUAUAGACAAAAAAGUAAAAUUCGGAGAAAUUGGAAAACUUGGAGAGGUAUUACGUGAAAAAAUUAAAAAGUUUCAUGAAGAUUAUAUUAAAAAUAAAUUAAUUGGUUUUAUUGAUCAUUUAGUGAACUAAAUGAAGAAAUUUGAGGGAAUUCUAAGGAGGAAAAUUGGGGAAAUGUGAGGAGAAAUGGGUGAGAUUCUGAGGAAAAAUGGCUGAGAAUCUGAGGAAAGACGGGGAAAAUCUGAGGAGGAAAACACAUUUGAGAGAAAAAAUUUUCUAAGGCUUAUACCAAGGAUGGCAUCCUUCCAACCUGG